AUGCGGUGUCAUCGCCACCACGCUGCUCUCGACAUUGCCAGGCUUUUCGAUGAACCCGCAGAUGCAUGGACGACAUCAUCGUUGGACCGAUAUAUCGACCGGCUUGAAAAUCUGACUGUGCGACGAACGUGGACAUCUGAAAUUCUGGGACAGGUGAAGUAUUUCCGAGAGAAGAAAGAAGCGUUUGGGAACAAGGCAGAUUUUGCAACGAUGUCCCACGUCAUGCGAUAUUAUGACAAGGAAGGGCAAUGCAGUGGUGAUGGCGGUGCAAAUCGUUCUGCUUUGGUUUUGUUGGCAGGAGCUAACAAAGGAACAUCAACUUCGCAGGUCUUACAGGCAUGUCGCAAGGCGAGAAUGCAUAUCUUUGAGAUUCAACAGAGACUGUUUGAAAUCCAAUUCAAACGUUUUCAGGACUCUCCCUUGGUCACUGUUCAUAGGAAAGGAUGGUCAGAUACUGUCCAGCAUUUGCAAAUCACGAUGCCUCACGGUGCUCAUGAACAAGCAGGUUUAUUUCUGCCUGUUGGCAAGUGGAAGCACGCUGACUUGCUGAAUGAAACGGUGGAGACAAUCCCGCUUGCAGAUUUCAUAGCGCAAGAACAUCUGGAGCGGAUCAGCUAUGUGAUCAUCGACGUGGAAGGCAAAGAACCCAACGUCAUUCGUGGAAUGAGACUGGAAUCCAAUCGACGAAAUUUCCCGGUCUUUCAAUUUGAGCUUGGCGGAACAUGGACAGACAGCAGACAUGAUGAGAACCAAUGGGGCCAAUAUGGUAUUGCCAUGUACCUGACCGCCUUGGGCUACAAGUUAUACCUCAUGGGUGAGAAGGGGGACCUCCCGAUGCUGUUGCGAGUUGAACCUGAAUUCUUUCGUGUCUAUUCCUUUCGUCCUGAAGUGGAUGUUGGAGGCAAUUUGCUCGCACUUCAUCCAGACUAUGCCGAUGUGGGACUUCAAAAUUACUUGCAGCGCUUUGUCCAAGCUCCAACGCCGAUUCAAGGGUGCUAA